CGCGAGGACUUUAUUUUCAUAACAGCGUGCAGUGCCACGGAACUGGAAUAGGCGUGUCCUCCCCCCGACCCACUCCCGCCCCUUGUCCCUCCGCUCACCUCCUCGCUCACUCCCUCCCUCCCUCCGGCGACAGCCGCCUUUAUAAAUGCUCGGCGCCUCGAGGGCGGGAUCGCUUUCGCGGGCUCCCCAGCACCCAGGGGCUCCGAGCUGCCUCGAACGCGCGGGAAGCAGCGCCAGUUCCAGCGCCGAAGCCCAGGCACAGGCAUCAAAAUGACCUCUGCUCCUAGUGGUUGCCGCAAUAACCUGGAUGCCAAGUACCACAGACUUUGUGAUAUGUCUGAAGCUUGGGGCAUCGUCCUGGAAACUGUGGCUGCCGUGGGGGCUGUGACCUCAGUGGCCUUCAUGCUCGCUCUCCUGGCCCUCAUCUGCAAGGUGCAGGACUCCAACAGGCGGAAGGUGCUCCCGGUCCAGUUCCUCUUCCUUGUGGGUGUGCUGGGGGUCUUCGGCCUGACCUUUGCCUUCAUCAUCAAACUGGACAGCCUCACGGGGCCCACACGCUUCUUCCUCUUCGGCGUCCUCUUCUCCCUCUGCUUCUCCUGCCUCCUGGCUCAUGCUUUCAACUUGACGAAGCUGGUCCGCGGCUGGAAGCCCCUCUCCCUGCUGGUGAUGCUGGGCCUGGCUGUGGGCGUCAGCCUGGUGCAGGACAUCAUCGCUAUUGAGUAUGUCGUCCUCACCAUGAACAGGACCAAUACUGACAUCUUCGCUGAGCUUCCUCCUUCUCGGCGCAAUGAAGACUUCGUCAUGCUGCUCAUCUUCGUCCUCUUCUUGAUGGCACUGACCUUCCUCACAUCCUGCUUCACCUUCUGCGGCCCCUUCACGGGCUGGAAGAGACACGGAGCCCACAUCUAUCUCACCACGCUCCUCUCCAUGGCCAUCUGGGUGGCAUGGAUCACCUUGCUCUUGAUCACCCCUACCCCUGACACCAUUUGGGAUGAUACCAUCCUCAGCGCAGCCUUGGUGGCCAAUGGCUGGAUUUUCCUGUUGGCUUAUGUUGUACCUGAGUUUCAGCGGCUCACAAAGCAACAGAACCCCAUGGACUACCCUGUUGAGGAUGCUUUUUGUAAACCUCAAUUCAUGAAGCAGAGCUAUGGCGUGGAGAACAGAGCCUACACUCAAGAGGAAAUCACUCAAGGUCUUGAAGAGCUAGGUGAUACUACCUAUGCCCCUUAUACCACCCAUUUCCAGCUGCAGAAUCGGACCUCCCAAAAGGAUUUCUCCAUUCCACGGGCCCAGACUCGGGUUAGCCCUUACAAUGACUAUGAAGGAAGGAAAAACGGCAGCCCAGAGAACGUCCACCGCUGCCACACCACGUGGCUCCACUUGGUGGCAGUGGAACCUCAGGCAUCGGCCCUCAAGGACACCGAGCCCCUCAAAAAACAAACAUCUAAAGCUGCUUUCCGGUGA